GGCAGCAUAACCCUUCAGAUCAUCAUGAUUUAUACUGUUGUUAUCGAAGAUAUUUUUGUUGGAGUGGCAUUGGGACAAUUGGUGAGAGCGAGAGACUAAUUUGAGCGGAAGUCAUGAACGCCUCCGUGAACCCCACUUUCGAUACCGUCAUCUUUCUACAGUCUAACUCAGCGCCUUCCUCUGGCGUCAACUACACCCCAAUAACCGUCGGAUCUUCCGCGAACUCAGCCUCGCAUCCAACUCGCGCAGAGGAUGACCAACGUUGCGGCCUGAUCAAACGAUGGAAUCGUAAGGAGCAAAGAGGUGUUGGAUGAGCCGGAGACAUUUUUUGCUGAGGGCCAUGGUCGUGAUUUCUGGUUCGGAUGUUAGAGAUGUCGAGAUGAACGGCGUCGGGAAUAUAAACAAAAUACGCCUAAUUCGCCACCUCCCUUGACACAAACUUUCCUUCAUAGCUGAUCAACAAUGAAGAUGUCGAUACCAACAUCAGUCCCAAUCUCACCUCCCUGUCAAUCGCAUUCACGGAAACACCUGUUAUUGGUUCGAGUUGGUGCCACGGAUCCACUUCUCGUGCCCAAAUUGAUAACCUCAAUGGCCACAAACUGUCAGUAAAGUCAAAUCAACCUCGUUACCAUAUUCGACAACUCUCCGUCUACUCUAGGGAAGCGCUGCGAAGAAUCCGAGUUCAAUUAUAACCUCUUUUUCCUCUUCCUCCGCCUGGUGAACUUGGAUGCGGCCGUUUCCAUACGAUCAUCCUCACAAGGGAUAUGAUCUAUUCUCAUUUAGAUUGCAGAGCAUUGCUGUUUUGGAGGUGAGGUUCUCCAAUUAAUAUAUCCUGUAUGUCGCUGUUACAGUUACCGGCCCAUUCUUACCUGCAUAUGUCAAUUUUCAUUUUUGCCUUCGCGCG